AUGGGCGCCCUUAUCUUAUCCUUACAGCAGUUGGGAUGGAAGCCACACCGACCUGAUGAAUGGGAAGAUCCAAGAGGCAAUUUGUGGAAGUUCCGAGAUGACCAGGCCCUGGGCUUUAAGGAUAUCAUGCGUACCAUUGCAGCGGACAUGGAGGCGCAGAUAUGGAUCAAGGCCGCCGACCACUACUACGGCAAGGGCAUGCAGCACGGCAUGGACACCACUAUGCUCAAGCGCACACUACAGAAGUUACGUAAAGCUGAUCGCAUACAAGAAGCUGGAGCGCUUGAAUCACUGGCAUGUGGAGCAAUAUGGACGGGGCAGCGGUGCAAAGAUGCUGGCUACAAAAUUGACGGCAAGUGCCCAAGAUGUUCCAAAGCGGCUGACACGAUCAAGCACAGGAUUCACGAGUGCGAAAUGAAUGACAACUUGAACAUAGAGGCCGUCGUCAAGUCAGUCGCUGCACAGGCAAUGACAAGCGCAUCGACAGAGUGGGAUGGGGACUUACACUUCAGCUACGACAGGGACCGCCAGAACAUAGACCAGGACAAGAGAGACUGUGGUCGCACGGAAAUGGGAGGCCAAGUGAAGCAAGUACCGACCGACGAGACCACGGAGCAGCUGCACAAGGAUGUGAUGAAUGACCUCGGAGUCUGGGCAGCGACUUGGACAGUAUUCAUUGAUAACGACGAAGUUCGCAACCACGACAGCUGGAAACUAUGGUGCGAGCCGUACAUGAAGCAGUUCCUACGCCAACCAGAACAAGCGUGCCUCUUGCAGUUUCUCAAAGCACGGUACCAGACCCGCAGCAGCAGCCAGCUCGCCAAAGAUCUAUGUGACAUCAGAUGGCGCACCUCCAAGAGGCGGCGCAAGGAUGUAUAUGACUACUACCUCACGCUCCAAGGAUGGGAAAGACAAGCUUACGUCCAACACUGGUUUGACAGCGUCGCCGAAAUUAAAGAGAAGUUUCGACAGCUCCUACGCGACCAGGCACCCACCCUCGAAGAUGAGUUUCCUGAGUACUAUGAGGAUAGCGAUACGGUAAUGGACAUGACGAACCCAAGCUACGUCACGCACGUCCUCAAUGUGAACAAUCAGAUCGACAUCAGCAACGGCGUCAUUGCAGAUACCCACCAUAUCGGUUUUCACGGCACGGUGGAUGGAGAACAGAGUGUACCUGCAGCAGAACAUGCGGGAUUGUUUUGGGCCUUGGCGCUGACGAAAGGGCCGAUUACCAUCUACACUGACUGCCGGCAAUUUGUGAAUGGUUGGACCCAGCGGUUUUACGAACAUCCUCAAGGUGCCUUGAAGGAAUGGUGGGGGCGUAUCGGUGCUAUGAUCAAGAAGCGGCCUGGUGGAGUAUAUCAGGUGGUUAUUAUCAAAUGUUUAUCUCAUCUUGACCAUGAAUCAAUCAAGCAGUCCAAACAAGAUUUCCAGAUCAGCCUUGGAAAUGAAAUGGCAGAUACUCUUGCGCAACGUGGAGCUGAAGAGGCCAUGAACGAUAUACGUGAGGAGGUCAAGCAGCUUACUGAAGUGGAAACAUUGUUGAUGCGUGUCCAGCGUCGUGCGGCAGCCAUCAUCUUCGACAUGUGCAAGGACGCGGACCCAGCCAAGCUGGACAGGCCCAAGCAGCAGCGGCACAAAGCGUUCCACUUACAACCACUGUUUGUAUUGGACGGCAGUAUGCAGUACACCGAGCUGAUCAUGGGCAUGCAGUACAGGCUGGCCAGAACUGGCCAGAUGGCACGGUGCCGCCCAACGGCGGCAAGCUACCACGAGUCGCAGCUGGGCGUCGUCAACGUGUGGCUGCUGAGCGGCGACAACGUGGGUGAGUACGCGGCUCGGGGCUUCGGCCCCGCAGAUAUACUCUGCCCUGGAGAGGCAGUGAGGUGGAGGCCCGCCCUGUCUCUGGGGCUGGCUCGCGACCUCACGGGGCAGCUGCCCCCAGCUGCCCCGCUGCUCUACUCUGCCCUGGUCGCGAGGCUGGCGGACUCCGACGCGCAGGACUCUGCGGUCGCGCUCGCGAUCUCGGACGGGGCCCAGCAUGGCAGUUCCAGCGCCGUGGCCGGUGGGCCGCGUAGCACCCAGGCUCUCGGCGCGCUCGCGCGCCUGAGCGCGGGCUGCUGCACGGAGCUCGGCGGGCCCACCGGCCACGGCUCCAGCAGCUCGCUCGCGGCGGGCGCCAGCCAGGAGUCGAAGGCGAGAUCGGUGGCCAACUGGAAGCGCGGCGCCAAGGCCGCCAGGAUGUACGCGGAGGCGACGGCCAGGGUCGCCCAGGACAACAAGACGGGGGCGACGCCUGAAGGCGUGUACGCCGCCGCGGCGAUGGCACUGCAGCUGCACGUGGCCGCCGAGGGCCGCCGGGGCUCCCACGCCGGCGGCCCCGCUGACGCGGACGAGGCGGCCGCGCGGCCGCCCGGCGUGUGGGAGGCGCCCGCCGGGGACCUCUUCGUGCGCGCGCGGCAGGCCUGCGGGUUCGCGCCCGCGCGGUACUACGCCACCCUCGGGGCGCAAGCCCGGCAGACCAAGCCGACGCUGCGGCUGCUGGGCGCCUCCUCCGCGUCGGGCAGGUCGGGGGCCUUCUUUUUCAUCACGCCCGACCAGCAGUUCUUCAUCAAGACGUGCACCAGGAGCGACUGGCGGGCUCUGCUGCGGAUCCUUCCGGCCUACGUCGAGCACCUGGAGAGCGCGCGGGAGCACCUGAACCGCAGCAAGCUGCGCGGGCGGAGUACCGAGUCGUUGCUCGCGAUCGACGCUCGCAGGAGCAACGCCAGCAGCGCCAGCGGCCACCAGCUAG